CUGGGUUCGCAAUUGAUCCUUGCGACCUCGAUUGUCUUUUACUUAGCACAUCCUCUCACUGCUUGUGCUUUUCAGAGAGAUUUAUUUAUCUGACGGCACCUAGUAAGUUGUUAUAUUUCGAGGAAAAUAACUAAAUAAUAAAAUCUGCUUCAAUUUCAGACGAAACCACACUGAUGCGUUUCCUGCUCCUGUUCAGCCGUCAGGGGAAGCUGAGGCUGCAGAAGUGGUUCACUCCGCUGCCCGAGCGCGAGAAGAAGAAGAUCGUGCGCGACAUGACGGCCAUGGUGCUCACGCGCAAGCCCCGGUCCUGCAACUUCCUGCACUGGCGGGACCUGAAGGUGGUCUAUAAGAGGUAUGCCAGCCUGUAUUUCUGCACUGCUCUGGAGGGUGAGGACAAUGAGCUGAUCGCCCUGGAGAUCCUGCAUCGCUACGUGGAGCUGCUGGACAGAUACUUUGGCAAUGUGUGUGAGCUGGACAUCAUUUUUAAUUUUGAGAAGGCCUACUUCAUCCUGGACGAGUUCCUCAUCUGUGGGGAGGUGCAGGAGACGUCCAAGCAGUCCGUAUCCAGCUCCAUCGAGGCGUCGGACAUGCUGCAGGAGACGAUGGAGGAGUACAUGAGCAAGCCGGCCUUCUGACCGCAGAGAGGGAAGCUCGCCUCUGGACCGGACGGUGGAGUGGAGGGAAACGCCGUCUUAAGAAAAGAGAACUGACCAUAUGCCCCAUAUGUCUGUGACCGUGCGCUUUAAUAAUCGUCAGCCUUCAUCGUCGUCGUCAUCAUCAUCAUGAGAAGGCGUUGAGAAUUUCUCACUGGGAAUCUUGUGCGAACCACCGAUCUUGGGGAGAGCUGACGCCUGCUUUGUGUGUCGGAGACUGACUGAAGUCCAGUCUGCACGAGAGGGUCUGCUCGGCUCACUUCAUUCUGUCGCUUAAUUUAACUGUCAUUUUAUUGUCAACCUUGUAGUCUUUUGAAAAAACCUGGGUUUGAAUAUUGCCGUGGGGUUGCGGGGAGAGAACGCAGUCUUUGAGAAAUUGUUGUGUGUGUGCGUGCGUGCGUGCGUGCGCGCUGUAAAUAUUUGCCUGUCUGGGCUAACGACUGGCAUUAAGAGGUCCAUUGGGCUCUGGUUCUGAGCAGCCCAACAGCGGUUGACUGCAGUUCCGCUGUUACCCGAAAUAUAAUAGCCUUUGUCCAUAUCGUAAUCACCAGUAGUCAUAACUGCUGGUUUGAAUUGAAUUGAAUUUAAACCUACCUUUAUUUUUCAAUAAAGCGUUUCGCUAGAUUUUUGUA